AUGUCACACCACCCUGCAAAGUAUCCGCUGCGCGGUAUCCCCGUACCAUACAGGUACACUCUCGCCAACUACAAGAAUGUGUUGGGUAACAACAGCAUCGAAGAGGGUACGAGUGUAACGACAAGAACGCAUAGAGAUGACAGUGACCCGCUGGCUAGGGAGAAACCUGGUCAAAACAGUACUAAGAAUAGAGGGACCGUCCCACUUGCGUUUGGACGACAUCAGCCCCGUGAAGCCGCUGCUAAUGAGAGGGCCAGCGGUGGCAUGUUGAAAAGAGCGCGAAGUGGGUCUACGGAUGAACCGUUGAACAAGAAGCAGAAGAUGGAAUUUGGAGCCGUGAAGGAAACAGAGUCGAACGCUGUGUCGGAGCGCUCUCAAGUGCUCUCAACAGCACAGGUAUCGAGCAAAACAAAUAGUUCGUCUUCCCCAUCGAGUAACAUAACUUCAGCUCUAAACUCUGGUGACGAUGAAGAUGACUCUGUUGUCGCAUCCACGGCGAGUAGCGCAAUGUCAAGACCUACAGAACACGGUUCACUCGAUGGUUCAAUACCAGAUGAAGCAUUGCCGCUGUCGCCUAUAGCCUCAUCUGGUGCCAGCACACCGGAGGGAAAAUCUUUGGAAGAUCAUAGUGAUAACACGGAGGAAGAUGACAAGAGGCCAAGCAGUCUCAUUAAAUGUUUAAACGCUUUGGAACUACAGAACCUCGCAUACAGCCUAGUGUGCCAGUUGAAUAGAAGUCAACUGACAGAUCUCAAUGUGCUGAUCAAGGAUAACUUGAGGAGAGACUUUAUUACCUCUCUACCUUUGGAAAUAUCAAUGAAGAUUCUUAUGAAUUUGCCAUUCACGGAUAUUGUGCACAGCUCAUUGGUUUCUCGGUCCUGGAAAAAACAGAUAGAUGACACACCGCACCUGUGGAGGCAUCUAUUGAUCUCAGAGAGUCUCGUGACCAAAGAGGGAUUUGGGGAUUAUUUGAUCAACCUGAGGAGCUCAUAUCCUGAGGUACAAAACAUCGAAAAUGCAUUCAAACCAGAUUUCCUGAAGAAUUUCCGUGUUCUUAAAAACUGGUACAACAUAGAUUUUGUCCCACAGAGAACCACCUUGAGGGGCCACAUGACCAGUGUGGUCACAUGUCUGCAAUAUGAGGACGACUACGUGAUCACAGGCGCUGACGACAAGAUGAUCAGGGUGUACAAUGCAAAGUCCAAGAAAUUUUUGCUUGAAUUGAGCGGUCAUGAGGGCGGUGUUUGGGCUUUGAAAUACGACUGUGACGGGAUCAUAGUCAGUGGGUCCACUGAUCGUAGUGUUCGUGUUUGGGAUAUCAAGCGCCGCUGCUGCACGCACGUAUUCAAGGGCCACACUUCGACCGUGAGAUGUUUGGAUAUCGUGGAGUACAACGGAGUUAAAUACAUUGUGACUGGAUCCAGAGAUAACACGUUGCACGUUUGGAGCUUGGAUAGGAAUAUUUAUAACAGAAGAGAGGAUGAUACUGCCCCCGAUAGACUCCCGCUUGUCUAUGACGCUCCGGAGGACAACCCCUAUUUUAUCGGUAUCUUGAGAGGCCAUUUGGCAUCUGUCCGUACAGUUUCCGGUUACGGGAAGAUUGUGAUCAGUGGAUCGUACGACAAUACAUUGAUGGUAUGGGACAUCAUGCAGAUGAAAUGUCUGUACAUCCUAUCUGGUCAUUCGGAUAGAAUAUACUCCACGAUCUACGAUCAUCGCAGACAGCGGUGUAUCUCCGCCAGCAUGGAUUCGUCGAUCAGAAUAUGGGAUUUGAAGAACAUCAGAAAAAAUGGCAACUGUCAGCCAGUGUCGAACUCCGGGAUACCGUGCACCAGAGUUUGUGACUCGUACAAAGUUUUAAACGGCCACACUUCGUUGGUCGGUUUGCUGAGACUGUCCAACAAGUUCCUAUUAAGUGCUGCUGCAGACGGUUCCUUGAAGGGGUGGGACGCAGACACAUAUGUGCGUAAGUUUGCCUACCACCACAGCAACCUAGGCGCCAUCACCACAUUUUUUGCUAAUGAUAACCUGUUGGUAAGCGGCUCAGAGGGCCAGUUCAACAUUUACAACUUGAGGACUGGGAAACUCGUACAUUCAGAUCUCUUGGAAGAUGCGGAGCAAAUAUGGUCUGUCAACUUCAAGGGCCAAAUCUUAGUGGCCGCAGUGGAAAGGAAUAAUAAGAGCUAUAUCGAAAUUCUAGACUUCGGAGUCAGCGGGUCCAGUAGUACGGCUCAGGAGUAA